ACGCCAGCUAUCUCGCAUUCGUGUUUAUUUUAUCCUACACAUGCCCACGUUUCAUUCAUUCCUCACACAUCUCUUUACAUAAAUACAUGUAUAUAUACAGAGACGGUGGAUCGUUUAGGAAGCAGUAACUUAGAGCAAUGGGUUGUUUUCCAUGGAGUAGAGAUGUUACAAAACGCUUAAAAAAUAAGAUGGAGUACAAAGCUCUUGAUCAGAACUAUGAUCACCCUCGAACAACAUUAGAUGCAUCGGAAGAUUCAUCAGAAGAUACUGACAAGAAAGAAGAUUAUGGGGGUGUAGAACAAUCUGUGGUUAGCAAGGAAUUGGACUGUAACAGAAGGGUGGGUGAUGAUGACAGAAAGAAGGGAAAGUCUAAGUCGUUUAAAUUAUCUGAAUUGCUUCAUGCCACUGAGAAUUUCAGUAUGGAAAACCUUCUAGGUGAAGGUGGAUUUGGCAAAGUUUUCAAAGGAAAGCUCAAGGAAACUGGUGAGCUUUUAGCUAUCAAAAAACUAGACUCUGAUGGCUCACAAGGUAUCAGGGAAUUCGUUGUUGAAAUGAUGACUUUAAGUCUAGUUGAUCAUCCAAAUCUUGUAAAGCUAGUUGGAUAUUGUGUCGAGGCAGGCCAGAAGUUGUUGGUGUACGAGUACAUGUCAUUGGGUUCACUGGAGGGCCAUCUGCACGGCCCAAACCGAAAGGGACUUGAUUGGAAUAUCAGAAUGAAGAUUGCAGCUGGUGCAGCAAGGGGACUAGAAUAUCUACAUGAUAAGAUGAAUCCCCCGAUAAUAUAUCGUGAUCUGAAAUGUUCUAACCUUCUGCUGGGGGAGGACUAUCAUCCCAAGCUAUCAGAUUUUGGGUUGGCUAAAGUGGGGCCUACUGGGAACAAUACUCAUGUUUCAACUAGAGUAAUGGGAACUUAUGGUUACUGUGCACCAGAAUAUGCAAUGACUGGCCAGCUGACAUUUAAGUCAGACAUUUAUAGUUUUGGGGUUUUUCUUUUAGAGAUAAUUACCGGAAGGAGAGCAAUAGAUAAAAGGAAAUCUGCCAAGGAACAGAAUUUGGUUGCAUGGGCAAGACCCCUGCUAAAGAACAGGGAAAACAUUUACCAUAUGGUUGAUCCUGCGCUCCAAGGCCGGUAUCCAGCAAAAUCAUUAUAUAAAGCUUUUGCAACUGCUUUAAUUUGUGUUCAAGAGCAACCUUCCAAACGUCCUCGUGUAUCUGAUGUGGUUAAAGCUUUAGAUCACAUAGUGUCACAAACAUACACUCCACAAAGCCAUCCUUCUUAGAACACUCAAGAAUUUCUUCUCGGUCAUUUAACGUCAAGAAAGUAUUCUUUGUUUUGAUUGCAAGUAUAUAUAAACUAUUUUAAAGGUUUAA